GCCCGGCUGCGAAGGAGGAGGAAGAGGAGGAGGAGGAGGAGCGCUGGGGCCGGGUCUGGUGGCUUCUCCAGAAGCGGGCGAGCAGGCGAGGGCUGGCGGGCUGGGUGGGCGGCCGGCAAGCAAGCAGGCGGGCGAGUCAAGCAGAGGGGCCCUCGGCUCCUUCCUUCCUUCCUCCCUCCUUCCUUCCUUCCCUCCCCUUUCCUUCCUUCCUUCCUUCCUUCUUCCCCGAAGAGGCGGACGGACGAUGAACAAGCUCUACAUCGGCAACCUGAGCCCGGCCGUGACCGCCGAGGAGCUCCGGCAGCUCUUCGGGGAGAAGAAGUUGCCCCUGGCCGGCCAGGUCCUGCUCAAGUCGGGCUACGCCUUCGUGGACUAUCCGGACCAGAACUGGGCCAUCCGGGCCAUCGAGACCCUCUCGGGUAAAGCCGAGCUGCAUGGCAAAGUCAUGGAAGUGGAUUACUCUGUCCCUAAAAAACUAAGGAGCAGAAAGAUUCAAAUCCGGAACAUCCCGCCUCAUUUACAGUGGGAGGUACUGGAUGGUCUUUUAGCUCAACAUGGGACAGUAGAAAAUGUGGAACAAGUUAAUACAGAAUCAGAGACAGCAGUUGUCAAUGUUACAUAUGCGACAAAAGAAGAAGCAAAAGUAGCAAUUGAGAAGCUUAGUGAUCAUGAGUUUGAGAACUAUUCAUUCAAGAUUUCCUACAUCCCAGAUGACGAGGUGAGCUCCCCGCAGCCUCCUCAACGAUCCCGGCGUGGGGGCCACUCUUCCAGGGAGCAGGGCCCCUCCCCGGGGGGCUCCUCGCAGCCCAAACAGCUUGAUUUCCCACUACGGAUCCUGGUCCCCACACAGUUUGUUGGUGCGAUCAUCGGAAAGGAGGGCUUGACUAUAAAGAAUCUUACUAAACAAACUCAGUCCAAGGUAGACAUUCAUCGGAAGGAAAAUGCUGGCGCUGCAGAAAAACCAAUCACCAUUCACGCCACCCCAGAGGGGUGUUCAGAAGCAUGUCGCAUGAUCCUUGAUAUUAUGCAGAAGGAGGCUGAAGAAACAAAAUCAGCUGAAGAGAUUCCCUUGAAAAUCUUAGCACACAAUAGCUUGGUUGGGAGAUUGAUUGGCAAAGAAGGACGAAAUUUGAAGAAAAUCGAGCAAGACACAGGGACCAAGAUCACCAUUUCUCCUUUGCAGGACUUAACCAUUUACAACCCCGAGAGGACCAUCACCGUGAAGGGUAGCAUUGAGGCCUGCUCCAAUGCUGAAGCAGAGAUCAUGAACAAGCUACGGGAAGCCUAUGAGAAUGACAUUGUGGCAGUCAAUCAACAAGCCAAUCUCAUCCCUGGACUUAACCUCAAUGCGUUGGGCAUCUUCUCGACAGGCUUAUCCAUGCUUCCCUCUGGCACUGGAGUCCGCAGACCUGCUGUCAGUACUCCCUACAACCCUUUUGCUAGCCAAAUGGCAUACCUCUCGGGCCUCUAUGGAGCCUUGCCGAGUGGCGCAUACCCUCAUCAGCACUCCGUGCCAGAGCAAGAGGUAGUGAAUCUGUUCAUCCCAACGCAAGCAGUGGGUGCCAUUAUUGGAAAGAAGGGCCAACACAUUAAGCAGCUGGCGAGAUUUGCAGGUGCCUCAAUCAAGAUUGCACCAGCUGAGAGUCCAGAAGCCAGUGAGAGGAUGGUUAUCAUAACGGGGCCUCCAGAAGCACAAUUCAAGGCCCAGGGACGAAUAUUUGGGAAACUGAAAGAAGAGAACUUUUUCAAUCCAAAAGAAGAAGUGAAGCUUGAAGCCCAUAUUAAGGUGCCUUCCUCUGCAGCAGGUCGUGUGAUAGGAAAAGGUGGCAAAACGGUGAAUGAAUUGCAAAACUUAACUAGUGCAGAAGUAAUUGUACCACGUGACCAAACACCGGAUGAGAAUGAAGAAGUUGUUGUCAAAAUAAUUGGUCACUUCUUUGCCAGUCAGACUGCACAGCGCAAGAUCAGGGAAAUUGUCCAGCAGGUGAAGCAACAGGAACAGAAACACCCUCAGGGAGCCCCUGCCUCGCAACGCAGCAAAUGAGGCUCCCGGGUGCCUGCCAGCCAGCAACAACCGAUGAAUGUAGCCCUUCCAACACCUGACAGAAUAACCGGACCAGAGAGCAAACCAAAGACUAUCUGGAGGCAUCCAACCCGCCCUUGAGGCUGGGGCUCUGCAGAGGACUUCUAGUUCCCAGGGACGGGGAGGGAGGGCUUCAGCCGGCAGGGGAGGGCCUCCCACGCACCACAGCCGACACAGAGUCUGUCUAACAGUACAACGCUAUCCCUUUAGUUGGACUAACAAAGGCAGAAAUUUUGCAGACAAACCCAUUCAGAAUCUUUUCUGUACAUGUGUGUACAUACUAGGAAAACUUUUUUUACACAGUGCAUGGGCUGUUUUACAGGGCAGCAUUAAUAUAUUUUAGAAUUAAUAUAGCUAACUAAACUAACUCCAGACUUUAAUUUCUUUUUAAACAACUACUUUUUUUUUAAGGAAGGAAAGAUGUUAGUCCAUUGUGGAUUUUUAACAGAAAGUAGGUUGGAGACUUAGGAUGGCAACAGCCAAAUUUAAAUGGGAAUCAAAAGUAACCAAGAUUUAGAGGGGCUUUAGGAAGACUGAGGGCAGCUGCCUGCCGCUUUGGAUUGCCUGUAAGUGCCAACAGAAGGGAUACCGUCUCGUUAGCAGAGGAAUCUCUAUGCAUUUCUUUCUCCAGCUCAUGUGAUCUUCUCUUUGCUUCACAGAUCUCAAACUGGUUUUUGCAUACAGUCUCUUCUUUUGUACCACCAUUCAAUGCAGUGCUCCAAGUAAACACAUCAUGGAAAAGUUACAAAAAGAACCACCCAGCCACAACUUCCACUUUGCUUUUCAAAAUGCCAAGCUACAGAUACACUUAGGUUUCCUAAGGUGGUGGUGGGGGGACUUCACCCUGCUUACAGGGAAACAACACAGUUGGUACAUUUUGUGUGCAGGAUGCUGCCACCUAUACUUUGGGAGGUGGGUUUUUAAAAAUGGGAUUGACAGGAGGGUGUUGGCCCAGGGCAUGAAAAUUGCAACUUUUUUUCACAAGAAAGAAAGAAAGAAAAAAGCAAACAAACAAACUACCUCAGGUGUUUCCAUACCUCAGCACCUUGCUCUUGUGUGUCCCUUUUUGAGAUUUUGUAUGCCUUGUAAAACUGAGAGUUGGAGCAUUUUUUAUUUUUUUAAUAAAAAUGAGUUGGAAAUAAAUUUAGACAAGACAGCUGCCAGGUGGAAGAAAGCAUCAUUCUGUAUGAUGACUAUUCUGUAUUAUCCUUCUGCUAGAUGAGAAUCGAUGGCCUUGAAACGUAAUAAAAAUAAUAAAGGAUAGACAUGCAAGAGACGCUGGAGCAGAACUCCUGAGUUUGACAGGUUAUGCACGAUUGAGUUUUUUCUGUGCUAACGAAUGGAUGCUAUACUGGUUUUUGUGAACGUACCAUUGUAUCAACAGAAUGCAAUGCCAGUUUUCUCCACUUCAGACAAGUGUUCUAUGAAAAACAAAAUAUACCCAGCUAACAAGA